AUGAACACUUCUGCUGUAUCCCCGGAAGUCAUCGAGGCGGCGGAACAGCUUCUUCGCGAUUUGAAGAGCCACACGGGCUCAGUUACGGAUCAGGCAAAUGUCGUGCGCCAACUCGAAAGACUCCGCUGUCUUGUCCACAAGGGCCCCGACGCUCUCAUGUUCCAUGCUUAUCCCUUCCAAAUGCUGCCCGCUAUGAAUGUACUGUGUGAUUUUGGGGUGUUUGACGCGGUACCACAGACAGGCUCUAGAUCUUUAGACGAUCUCUCGGCAGCAGUCAACCUGGAUACCGAGAUUCUAGGUCGGUUCCUCCGGCUCGUCCUCACGCAGGGGAUAUUCAAGGAAGAUACGCCAGGCGUCUACGCGCACACGGACGCGUCGAGCAUGUUUCGAACGGACCACGCCCCCAGUUUCUUUCGGCUGGGCACGAUGCAGUUCCCGCAGUGGUGGAAGGUCGCCGAGUAUCUUAAGACGCACUCGUCCGAGGACGCCAAACACGCGACCAAGGUACCCUUCAGCUGGGCCAUGGGAAAGGAGGGCAUGACGUACUACAAGACCCUCGAGGAGGAUCCGGCCGUGUCUGACGCCUGGCACAAGGGCAUGGUCAUGAUCGAGGCGAUGCAGCCCGUCUCUGACAUGUUUCCCUUUGCGUCGCUGCGGGAGGCAGUCGAGGCGGAGCCACACCGGCCCUUUGUCGUCGACGUCGGCGGGGGAAGAGGGAACGCGCUCGUUGCGAUUAUGAACGAGUGCGGCGGUAGCUACGGCGCAAGGAUGGUCCUCCAGGGCAUGGAGGAUGUGCUCAAUGGCAAGGAUCCGGUUGCAGUUGAUAGUGUCGAGAACAUGACGCACAACUUUUACGAUCCGCAGCCUGUGAAGAACGCGCAUGUUUACCUUUUGCGCAAUGUCUUGCACAACCACUACGACGAGAGGAGCCUCGUCAUCCUGCCCCAGCUGGCCGAGGCCUUGGGCCCUACCUCGCGCCUCCUGAUCGGAGAGAUGGUUCUGCCCGGCACCGUCGCCGCCGGCUCCGAUCCGAUGCCCUUUUUCAUGGACCUCAACAUGUUUAUGGAGGGAGGGCUCGAGCGGACAGAGCAGCAGUUCGCGACGCUGCUGGCAGGGGCCGGUCUCGAGCUCGAGCGAGUCUGGCGGCACCCAGACAACCCGACCCAGACCACCAUCGAGGCGAGGCUGAGGCGAGCAGGCACGCAGUGA